CCUGACAACCAACAACACCAAACGGCAGAAGACGAAUGAGGUUUUACCUCCUCACCGCUCUCGCGGUGGCUACUGUUCAAGUCUCCGCUGUCUCCAACACUUCUUCCCAUGGAGACUUGAAUGGCUGGUAUCCCUGCUACGACUUUACUUUUGCUGACGAGGGAUCGUCGCCCGGAGAGGACGCCGAAUGCGCCCUGUACAUCGCUCCUCUAUGCUAUCCUGGAAUUUGUGAGACGCCGGACAACAUCGAGUCCACCAAAGUCGAGAUUUUCGUGAAGCGCAUGCUAGCCACUUCGGGCAACCCCGAGACUGCACCCAACGUCUGGCUGAUGCAGGGUGGCCCUGGUUACUCGUCUACUGCAAUGGAGAGUACUAUGGUUAGUCUUCAACAGCAACUGGAAGGGGCUGUGAAUGUUUACACAAUGGACCACCGCGGCACUGGACGCAGCACUUUAUUCAAUUGUGUGGCGGCUCAAGUGACCACCUCGGGUUCUCCCUGGGGAAACGACUUUAUCGCGUCGGAAGUGCCCACGUGCGCUAAAGAUUUACAGUUCAAAUACGGUGGCGACUUAGCGGCCUUCUCCGUAACGAGCGCUGCUACCGACCUCAAGACUUUCAUCGCUAAGUACACGAAUGGCAAGAGUACGAUUGUCUACGGCGUCAGCUACGGCACGAUGUUAGUUGAGCGGCUGAUUCACUUGGCUCCGCCCGCAGUAACCGGAUAUGUCCUCGACAGUAUUAGCACUGCCUCUGGUAGUCAAGCCGCGUACUAUUCGGACUGGGACAAGAAUUACGGGGAGAUUGGAGACGCCUUUUUCGAACUCUGUGACGAAGACAAGAGUUGCAAGGCCCAUUUUCAGACCAAGAGACUCAACGACACUGUCCAAGCACUUAUCGAUACUUUUGACAAGGAACCGAAUUCAACUUGCGCUGCGCUGAUAAGCAACGUGAAGUCCAAAGGCCUCGACGGCCUGCCUUCGUCCUCCCUACGCUAUACUCUGGGCAUUCUUCUUCAAGAUACCAACAUGCGAACACUGAUCCCACCUGUUGUGUAUCGACUCAACCGCUGUGCAUCGAAGGACAUCAACGUUCUGAAAAAGUUCGUGACGACUCUAACAACAAGCGUCCUCGGCGGUAAGAGCGAAGACGAAACGUACUUGUCGAAUUUGCUCUUUUACCUGAUCAUAUACUCCGAAAUGUGGGAGAUCCCGACACCAUCCAAGGUGGAGAUGAAGGCACGGUUCAUCAACGCUAAAGUUUCGGACGACCCGACGUAUCCGAUGGAUCCGGUUUACUGCGCAUUCUCGAAGGAAAAGUCGAAAGCUUGCGCCGAGUUUGGGCUGAGUGGCUACGACGCUAACCCCAUUAUGUACGAGCGUGAUCAGUACUGGAACAAGAGUGCUACAAUUCCGAAUCAAGCCAGCGUUCUACUACUCAGCGGUAAACUGGACCCCCAGACGCACCACAAGUACGCCGAUGCCCUAAUUCACUCUCUAAAAGGUGACAAUAAGGAGUUGAUCUCGUUCGACUACUCUCCACACGGCAUCACUUCAUCGACUCAGAUGGUUGCAGGAGACCCGAACAGUGAAAUUUGCGGGAUGAAGCUGCUUCUAUCUUAUAUACAAAGUGGUGGCGAUCUGAAGAAAAUGGACAAGUCGUGUGUGGCCAAAAUGCCAGGUUUCGACCUCACGAUUCCACCUGGCCAUCUCCAUGGGUUACUAGGAACGGAUGACGCUUACGAAGGCGUCUACAAAGCACCAACUCGACCGUCCCAGUGACCCAACAAAGUCGAAAAGUGACAUUAGAUCAACUUCAAUGUCAUUUUUUGUAUUCCCGGC